AUGGCCACUCGAUUCGAAUUCUCCAACUUGCUAGGGACCGUUUACCGCCAGGGAAAUGUUAUCUUUACACCUGACGGACAGAGCGUGAUUAGUCCGGUUGGAAAUCGAGUUUCGAUUUUUGAUCUUGUCAACAACAAAUCUAGGACUUUGAAUUUUCAGAACCGAAAGAACAUCCGCCGGAUAUCCUUGUCACCCGAUGGAAAACUCCUGAUUAGUGUAGAUGAUGACGGACGAGCACUAUUGGUUAACUUCAAACAAUCAGUGGUAUUGCAUCACAUAAACUUCAAAGGCAGGGUUGAAGACAUAAAAUUCUCGCCAGAUGGCAAAUAUAUCCUCGUCACUCAUGGCCAACACGCUCAGAUAUGGCUGACACCAUCCCAUCAAGUCAAAUCAUUCGCCCCUUUUCACCUACAUCGAACUUACACUGGACAUUUUGACGACGUGAUAUCCGUAACAUGGUCCGCGUGCUCAAGCUACUUCCUAACGACCAGCAAAGAUAUGAGCAGUAGGAUGUACACUGUGAACCCAGUCGAGGAUUUUAGACCUAGAACAUUCACUGGCCACAAGGAAUCAGUCCUUGGAGCUUGGUUUACUGGUAAAAUCGGCGAUGUGAAUGAUGAGCCAAGAGUGAUAACCGUCAGCAAAGAUGGAGCUUGUUUUGUCUGGCGAAAUAAAGACGAGCCAGAAGAUUCAGACGACGACACAGACUCAGAAGACCAGAAAAUGACUUCAUCGGCUCCCGUCUCCAAGGCUCCUGUUAGCGAUCCCUUGGCUCGAGUCCGAUGGGGAAUUUCAACACGGCAUUUUUUUAAUGUUCCAGGCACAUAUGUCACCACUUGCACUUUUCAUCCUGCCAACAACCUUCUGAUUGUUGGAUUCUCCAAUGGAGUGUUUGGUCUAUACGAGGUUGGAAAGGAAGUCGGCUCGUUCAUCAAUAUCCAUUCACUCUCCAUCUCUCAGGAAAAUAUCACUAGUGUCUCCAUCGAUCCAACAGGUCAAUGGCUAGCCUUUGGUGCUUCAAAACUCGGCCAAUUGUUAGUGUGGGAAUGGCAAAGCGAGAGUUAUAUCUUGAAACAACAGGGUCACUACUUUGAUAUGAACACCUUGGCCUUUUCAACUGACGGACAAAACAUCGUAACAGGAGGAGAUGAUGGCAAAGUUAAAGUUUGGAAUGCGAAUUCUGGUUUCUGCUAUGUCACUUUCACCGAACAUCAAUCUGCAAUCUCGGCUGUUGAGUUCGCCAAACAAGGAUCGGUGAUCUUUUCCGCCUCCCUGGACGGUACGAUCCGUGCUUUUGAUCUUUCUCGGUAUCGUAAUUUCAAAACCUUCACCUCACCAACACCUGUCCAGUUUACUGCUCUCGCUGUGGAUCCGUCGGGGGAAGUAGUAGUAGGUGGUGGAACAGGGGAAGGUUUUGAAAUCUUUGUGUGGUCCGUUCAGACCGGCAAGCUAGUAGAUAUCAUGUCAGGGCACGAAGGUCCUAUCUCUGCUUUAGCAUUUUCCCCUCUGGGUGAUAAAAUAGUUAGUAUCAGUUGGGAUAAGACAUUGCGGAUUUGGGAGAUGUACGGACGUAAGACUACAGUUGAACCGUUUCAAUUACCCUCGGAUGGUCUAGCGGUAGCCUUUCGUCCUGAUGGAUUAGAAAUCGCAGCCUCGACGUUGGAUGGUCAGAUAGCUUUUUUUGAUGUGAUUAACGGUAGCCAGAAAUCAUUGAUCGAAGGACGAAAGGAUGUGUCCGGUGGCCGAAAGUUUGAUGAUCGUGUGACUGCUGCAAACAGUGCGAGUGGUAAAAGCUUUAACAGUCUUUGUUAUACUGCUGAUGGACUACGGUUAAUUGCUGGAGGAAAUAGCAAAUAUGUUUGUCUUUAUGAUUGUCGUGAUGGGAUGUUACUGAAACGAUUUGAGAUCUCUGCAAACUUGAGUCUCGAUGGUACAGAAGAAUUCUUAGAUAGCAGAAAGUUAUUAAGCUCAGGUGUACCACUUGAUGAGAUCAACGAUACUGGAGAUCUUUCAGAUUUGGACGACCGUCUGGAUGCGAACAAAGUCUUACCUGGAUCAAAAGGUGGGGAUAUGUCAAGAAGAAAAUACAAGCCAGAAAUCAGAACUAAGGCAGUAAAGUUUUCUCCGACUGGUCGCACUUGGGGUGCUGCUUCUACGGAUGGUUUACUACUUUAUUCAUUAGAUGAGACAGUUCAUUUCGAUCCUUUUGAUCUAUCACUCGAAAUCACACCACAAUCGAUUCUUGAAAGUGUCCGAUGUAAAGAGUUCCUCAAGGCUUUAGUGAUGGCUUUUAGAUUAAAUGAACAUAAAAUGAUCAAGCUCGUAUACCAAACUGUUUCUUUUGAUCAGAUCAAAGUUGUAGCUUCUCAAUUACCAAAGGUCUAUGUAUCUAAGCUUAUGGGAUUUGUCGCCCAAGAGGUUACAGAUAGUAGCUCAAAUCGUAUCGAAUUCAAUUUGAUAUGGAUCAAUAGUAUCCUUUCAGCUCAUGGCCGAUACCUGAAAGCAAAUUCACACGAGGUCGCCCCUGUGAUGAGAUCUGUUCAAAAGGCCUUACUGGAUACCCAUUCAUCGGUUGCCAAACUAUCUAAUUCGAAUACGCACAUGAUGCGUUACUUGAUUGAUCAGGCUUCUCAUAGUAAACAAUUGGCAGAGUCUGAUCGAUUGGAAACUUUGGAUCUGAUGGUUGAAUAG